AUGAUUCGAGCAGUGCUGUUGGGACUGUUGUCACGCUCUACCCAGAUUGUUGUUGGUCUCUUGGUUUUGAUCUCAGGGGCCCUUGUAGUAUUGAAGAUUGGACUUGAACCCGGAUCCUCUAUUCCGUAUCUCCAGCUUCUCCCCAAAUAUGCUAUUUUCUAUCCGUGGGUGUUUGCUACCGCAAUUUUUGCCGAAAUCUCGCUUCUAGGAUUCAUCACGUCGCUCAGUGUGCUAAUAUUAUCUACCAAGUACGUGGAGAAGUUCUGGGGCUAUAAAGAGGUGCUCAAAUUCAUCUUCCUUGUUGGUACCGUCACCAAUUUUUCAACGGUCAUUGUUGUGAUCAUCAUAAAUGUUUUGAGAAAUGAUGUGCUAGGAAUGAAUCUGCCUUUGGGUGGAGGUAUAUCCUACUACAUGGGGUUCUUGGUUGUUCUCAAACAAGUCAUCCCUGAACAUAAUGUUGUUUUAUUCAAGGGCCUUGUGAACUUCCGCGUGAAGCAUUUCCCAUUUAUUGCAUUGGUCUCUGCGACAUUGUGGUCUGUGAUUUUCAAGUCGUUCUAUCCUUUGCUUCCAUCAUUCUUUGCAUUCACGGUGUCGUAUAAUUAUCUACGCUUUUUCCAGUCAUUUUAUGCGGACUCACUUUUGCCCACUACCAAUACCGCCACCACUGGAAGUAGGGAUCUGACGAUCAUCCGCGGCGACGCUUCUGAUGCGUUCCAAUUUGUCAAGUUCUUUCCGGAAAUCAUGAGACCUCCAUUGCUGAUCGUCAUUGACAGGAUCUACGAUAUCAGUGUUCUCUUGAGUCUCAUAGCACCAUUCGAUGAUGACGCGAUCGAGCUGAGUAACUUGAGGCUCCAGUCUAUGAGUAAGCAAGCAGAGAAAAUGACGCAAAAGGGCACUUCUGAUGCAGAUCGGAGAAGGCAGAUUGCGCUACAAGUAAUCGAGGAAAGGGCAAAUCAGCAGUAG